GUGAGGGGAUGUAUUACAUGGUUGCACCAGGAAUUCAGUCGGUGGAUAUUUAACGUUACACAAAACUAAGUUCCGGCCUCUUUCGUUUCCUCCUUCGCGCAAAGAUGACGAAGGGUACGUCCUCUUUCGGAAAGCGUCGCAACAAGACGCAUACGCUGUGCCGCCGCUGCGGCUCCAAGGCGUACCAUCUCCAGAAGUCCACCUGCGGAAAGUGUGGUUACCCGGCCAAGCGCAAGAGAUCAUACAACUGGAGUAUGAAGGCCAAGAGACGCAACACCACCGGCACUGGCCGCAUGAGGCACAUGAAGGUUGUCUUCCGCCGGUUCAGAAAUGGAUUCCGUGAGGGCACUGUUCCCAAACCCCGGCGUUCAGCGGUGGCAGCAUCCAGCUCCUCCUAAAGAAUCAAACGUCAAUAAAAUUAUUGGAUAGAAAAAAUU